AUGUCUUCCAAAGAUGUGACCAAAGGAGAAAAGCCUACUUCGGCUAAAGACUCCGAACCUUCAACAUUGCAAGGAGAAAGUCUAGGACUGCAAUUUUUGGGGACCUUGCUUUUAGCUCUCAAUAUCGCAGUCAGGGUAUAUUGUGGGCUCUACAUGAUUAUCUCGGAUUGUGAUGAAACAUUCAACUAUUGGGAACCGCUUAAUCUCAUCUUCAGAGGAUUCGGAAAGCAAACAUGGGAGUACUCUCCUGCUUACGCUAUCAGGUCUUAUGCUUUUUUGAUUCCUUACUACAUUUUAACUUUCCCUUUACGUGACUAUAUCCAUUUGACAGGCGCCCAAUUGCCUGCUUGUGCAUUUUUUUAUUAUAUCCGUGUCGUGUUGUUGUGUGGUUUCACGUCCUUCACUGAGUUUCGCUUGUUUAAAAGCGCCAAAAGAAACUUUGGCUCACAUACUGCAAACUGGUUUCUUCUCUUCUCCACUGUUUCUACCGGUAUGUCCCAUGCCGGCGUUGCUUUGUUGCCCUCUUCAUUUGCCAUGAACUGGGUUGCAUGGGGUAUUUCUCAUGCUUUAGACGCUGUCACCUUGGAGAAUACUCUCACGUGUGUUUGGCCCAGCGUUUACGCCAUUGCAUGUUUCCUAAUUGCUGGUCUUGUGGGCUGGCCGUUCGCUUUGGCGUUGGGCGUUCCUUUUGGCAUGUUCACUGCUCUGUUGAGGUUCCAGUCGCCUCCACUUGUUCGUAUCGUCAUCUAUUGCUCCAUAUUUGCAUUUGCAUUAUGUGGUGUCUUAAUGACAUUGGACUCGUUCUUUUACUCCCGCAAAAUGCUUUUUGUUCCAAUGAAUAUCGUCUUGUACAAUGUGUUUGCAGGCGAGGGCGAGGGCCCCGAGAUAUUUGGAGUAGAACCAUUUUCUUACUAUGCUAAGAAUCUCUUUUUGAAUUUCAAUGUCAUUUCCGUCGCUGGUUAUCUUGGUGCCGCGUUGAACCCCUUAUUGUCAAAGAACCAACUCAAAGCGGCUUUGGGUGUGUCUCUCCCCUUGUUUGUGUGGAGUUUCAUUUUCUUUUCUCAACCUCACAAGGAAGAGAGAUUUUUAUACCCAAUUUACCCAUUGAUAUCCUUAUCCGGCUCGAUAUUUGCAUCAACUGUAUUCGGAAAUGCCCAGGUGCUUCUCAAGAGCAAAUGGCUUGUUAGAUUCAUACUGUUCUCGCUGAUGGUCUUAAUUGCUGUUGUUUCUUUACUUAGAACAGUUAAUUUGGUUGAGAACUAUAGUGCUCCGCUCAAAGCGUCUGCUGUUUUCUUCAACGAAUCGAUUUUAAACGACACCACAGAAAUUCAGAAUGUGUGUAUCGGACGGGAAUGGUAUCAUUUCCCAACAUCGUUCUUUUUGCCAGACAAUUAUAGGUUACGAUUUGUCUCUAGUGGUUUUGAUGGCUUAUUGCCUGGAGAUUUUCCAGAAGAUAUGACCUUACGAGAGGCUGCUUCAGCUUUUCCGCUGGGCAUGAACUCAAAAAAUAUCUUUUCCCCUGAAAAGCUUGUACAUUUCAGUACAUGUGAUUAUUUUAUUGAUAAUACUGCUCCUGUUGACACCACGAAAGGAGAAAAGCAAAUUGUUUCUAUGGAGAAUGGUGAGAUCAUAGCUGACAAUGCUUGGGAUGUUCUUGAUUGUCAAAAAAUCAUCAACCCAGCAGGUAGCCACCACGGAUUAGGAAGGUUGUUGUAUAUUCCUGAGCUGUUAAGAACCGUUGUACCAAACUCUGUCGAGUACAUGGAUUUCUGCGUUCUUCGGAGAAAAAAGUGA